GGCAGAUGCCCCCGCGGAUCUAGUGACGUUCAACGCCCUUGUGAACCAGUGUGGCGAAGGCCUGCAAUGGCAACGGUCACUUCGACUCGUUUCCCAGAUCCCCGAGGCAGGGCUGGAGAGGGAUAUCAUCGGCUGCAACGCCGCCAUCGCCUGCUGUGGGCUGGUGAGCCAGUGGGCCAGGGCCUUGGAGUUUCUUCUGCAGAUUGCGUCUGCGAGGUUGGAGCCGGAUCAGGUCAGCGGCAGCUCUGUCAUCACUGCAUGUGGGAAGGGCCUUCAAUUGCAACAGGCGCUCCGCUGCCUUCUGGAAGUAAUGCCUGGCAUCUCCUUGCGGCCGAAUGCAGUGAGCUUCAAUGCUGCCAUCAGCGCUUGUGAGCCCUUAGGAUACUGGGAACAGGCAGUUUAUCUGCUGUUGCAGAUGCCAUGCGUACGGCGUUUACCCGACAGCAUCGGCGCCAAUGCUGCUAUCAGUGCCUGUGCGACAGGCUACCAGUGGCAGCUCGCACUUCAGCUAUUUCUCUCGCUGCCUUCCAGGGAUGUCGCUCCCGACUGUAUCAGCUUCAAUGCUGCAAUCACUGCGUGCGAGAAGGUUGGCAUGUGGCCUUCGGCUCUGUGGCUCCUCACUGUGAUGCCGGAAUCACGAGUCAUUCCGGAUCAGAUCAGCUACAGUUCCGUCAUCAGUGCGUGCGAGAGGGGUCUUCAGUGGCAAGUGGGCCUCUGUCUCCUUUCCGGCAUGGCUGUUGCGAUGGUCUACCACAAUGAGAUCACUUUAAAUGCCAUGAUCAGCGCAUUCGAGCAAGCUGGUCUAUGGCAGAGGGCCUUCCACAUGUUGCUCCGAGUUGAACGCCUGGCAUUGACAUCGACAAAGACGAUACAGACAGCAUCAGCAGGCACUUGA